AUGAUUAAGUGCACAGUUCCACGCAGUGACCCUGUGCUGGAUUACAAUGAUUAUGGAUGUUACUGUGGGACUUCCCAGCUCUGUGGCUUGUUCCAUACCUCCCUGGGUACUACAGAAUUACAAAAAUUAGAGUAUUACCCAAUUAUCGAUAAUCCUUACACAGAGAUUUAUUCCUACUCCUGCUCUGGGACAACCAUUACCUGCAACAGUAACAACAACCCCUGUAAGAUGCACAUCUGUGAAUGCAAUCAACAAGCAUCCCUGUGCUUCGCUAAAGCUCAUUACAACCCAGAAUACAAAAAACUGGAUGUAAAUAAAUAUUCCAAAUGA